AUGACAAUCCACCUCGCCAUCCUCGACGUCGACAUCCCCGUCCGUCCCCACUACCACCGCAACGGUCUCUACAGCACACAAUACCGCUCUAUAAUCGCGCCAGCUGUGCAUCGUCUUAGCCAAUCCCCCCUCCAUCCGGAUCCGAUCAAGCUUGUUGUUUCGAGUUGGGAUAUCAUGGGGGGUGUUUAUCCGCCAGACCAUCUCCUUCAAUCGUCUACUGCCACUACUACUGUUGCCGGCAAUGUAACCACCACCAACAAACACGAUAAUAGAAGUGAUGGCAUAACAUCCCUCCUGAUAACAGGCUCCGCCUCAAGCGCCUACCAAACAACCACCAACCCAUGGAUCCCCCCUCUCAAAGCCUUCAUCCGCAGAGUCUACAUCCACCACCCGCACAUCAAGCUCAUCGGCGGCUGUUUCGGGCACCAGCUUAUAGCCGCCGCUCUGUUGCCGGACAGCACGCGCGUUGAGGCGUGUCCGCUGGGUAGGGAGGUGGGCGUGCAUGCUGUGCAGCUUACUCCCCGCUUUCAGAGAGCCUUUGGGGCGGUCCUUGGGGGGAAAAGGGAGUUGAGGAUGCAGAUGAUGCAUGGGGACUGGGUUGUUCCUUUACCUUCUUCCGGUGAGGGUAUUACUGAAACUAUUGGGAGUACUACUGCAGGCGAUACACCACUAAAAAACGUUACCACCAACAGCAACAAUACUCAUAAUGAAAGAAAUAUAAAACCCCCCUGGCUCAACAUCGGCUGGACAAAGCAAUGCCCCAUCCAAGGCCUCUACCUCCCCAACAGGGUCCUAACACUCCAAGGGCACUUUGAAAUCGACAGCGGAGGAAUGUCGCUCGUGGCGAGGGAAUUCGGGCCUAUACUGGGCUGGUCGGAAGAGGUAGCACGCGCGCAUCAAGAGAGGAUUGCGUGGGAGGGGGGAUGGGAUGACGGGAAUGUGGUGGCUGAUGUUAUUGCUUUGUUUUUGGUGGGCGAACACACAAUGUCUCCUGUUUCGAAGUUGUGA